ACCUUGAAUGCGUUUGUGACCGUAUGAUCCUAUGUAUGUACGAUAAUGAACUUAUAAAAUAUUAAAAUAUGUAUCAGUAUGCUCAUUCACUUCAGCAGUGUAUUUACAAUUUUAUAGACAAACUUUAUUUAGAAUUUUAUUUAUGAUAGUGCUGUGAGACUAGUUGUACCUGUAAAAAGAUAAUUUUGCGUGUAGCUAAUGGUUGCACCAGUGAUAAAACAAUCAUGGGUGGCUCUGGCAGCGCUAAUAAACCACUUGGGCAAUGGAAUAAUCCUCAGUUACUCCUCAUCACUGCUACCGCCGCUGAUGGCUGAAGAUUCACCCAUAAAAGUGGAUCUUAGUACGGCGUCCUGGCUGGCCUCAUCUGUAGGUAUCGGCAUGCUGCUCGGGGACGUCGCAGCCAUCUACAGUCUCAGGAAACUGGGCAGGAAGUGGUCCCACGCACUCGCCAUCCCAGUAGCCAUCCUCGGCUGGGCCCUCAUCUACCUCGCCACAAACAUCACCACUCUCAUGAUCGGCAGAGUCUUAACAGGAUACGGUGUUUCCACCACCUACGUCAUAGGGUGUUGCGUUAUAUCCGAAUACACCGCUCCAGAGGUGCGCGGCAUACUGUUCUCUCUGAAAACUUCAUCUUUCGCCAUCGGCAGCUUUGGUUUGCACUUCCUUGGUACAUACUACUCUUGGAGGACGGUGGCCGCGGCGAGUACGAUACCUCUGCUGGUGAGCCUGGCCAUCACCCUCACGUGGCCCGAGAGCCCGGCCUGGCUGCUACUGCAGGGGGACUACAAGAGAAGCGAGGAGACCUUCUACUGGCUGAGAGGCACCAGCGAACGGACGGUCAAGGAGUUCCAAGCCAUGGUGCAAGCGCAAAGAGAGCGAGAUCAGAAUGCAACUAAGAGGAAAAAUCUCAAAGAGAAUCUGAUUCAUUACCGCAAUUUAUUGCAGAAGAAGGAGUUCAUGAAACCGUUGGUCAUUAGUUUUUUUGCGAUGCUGUGCAUGGAGAGUUCGGGACGGCAUUAUAUACCGUCGUUUUCCACUACCAUCAUGGCUGAAAUCCUACCUGAUGCUAAUUUGACCGAUAGCUCCGUCUUUAUAUUAAGCUUUGAUGUUAUUGCCUUAGUAGGUGGUGGCGUAUUGUGUACUCUCGUUAAGAGGUUUAGCCGCAGGACUAUUCUGUUUUUAAGUGGUUCUGUCUCAGUUGUGACUCUUUGGUCUUUCUCAUUGUAUGGUUAUUUGAUUCAUACUGGGGUUGUAACGAAUAGACCAUGGGUUAUAAUGACAAUGUUGAUAAGUUUCAUUGUUUUGUCAAAUAUCGGUAUCAUAACAGUUCCUCUAGUAGUAAUAGGUGAGAUAUUUCCAGUUGCUUUUAGAGAAUUCUCAACCAGUCUUUCUGCUGCUUUUUCAGCAAUAAUUCUGUUUGUGAUUUUAAAAUUAACUUUAUUACUUAUAGCUUCUAUAACAUUGUACGGAGCAUUCGCAGUAUUUUCUGUUUUAUUACUGCUAAGUCUGCUUUAUUUGUACUAUAAUCUGCCAGAGACUAGAAACAAAACGAUGCAAGAAAUUGAGGAUUACUUCAAGCAUGGUAAAUUCGUUGAAAGGCAGUUUAAAAACGAAUUUGGUCCAGAAAAAGAAGCUAUGCUUUCAUCAAAACCUUGAAUCCUUUAGAUUUAUUGUAAGUCAUACUUACCAUUUCGAACCAAGGUGCAUCUGGCGAAUCCUGGAAACUGGUCCAAGACCAAACUAUCUUAAGUCUUUCACCAAUCGAUGGUUUGGUGCUAUAUACGUAUCAAACUCGGAUCACGAAGACGAGGGGCUCAGGGCUUCAUACAUUUGGUUUCGGCAUAUAAGUUCCCUGCUCUCAACGACCAGAUCUGUAGGGCAUUUAU